UUCCCUUAAUGACCGCCUUUUACUUUGUUCAUGGAGAGGCUAAGCUCCUAUCUAAUUGUACCAAGGAAUUCUCCUGUGGAGAUUUGGGUUUUGUGGGGUUCCCUUUUGCUAAACACACCCAGCCUCAUUGUGGUUUAGUGGCAGUUAAUUGUGAUACUACACCCCCAAAUGUCCAGUUGGGAACGGGAGGAGAUUGGUAUCAGCUUCUGCGUGUAUUUCCUUUCGAGGCUGACUAUAUGAUCAGCCUUGGAAACUCGAAGCUUCAGAAACACUUUGUGAGCCAUAAUUACUCAAAUUUAAACUACACCAUCCAUUUUCAGAAUUCUCCUUCUUUCACAUUCCUCAAUUUGGAUGCAAGCAUAUUGAACACCUUAUUGAAAUGCAAUGACAGUGAAGCUGAUGAUAUAGGCAAUUAUGAGAGGUAUAAUUGUAGUGAUGGAAUUAGUUUGUACUACAAACGUCAGUUGCCAGAGAAUAAUCUCAAAUGUGAUGCUGUUAACUGUACCCUGUAUCCAUCUCCAUUUAUUAUUCGACAAACAAAUAAUCGCUUAACUGCUGAAUUUGGAUUGCACAUGCAAGUCUCAAAAACAUGCCAUCACUGUUACAAAGGAGGAGGGCAAUGCACAGAAGACAGCAAGAACAAUUUUCACUGUGCACAAGGGAACACCCCCACAGGAAAUACGAGCAAGCGCAAGCCAAUUCUAAUCAUAGUUUCAGGCACUUUAGCACUGAUCGUUGUAAGUAUGGCUAUCUUUCUUGUCUGGCAACGCAAGGAAGGAAGGAAAGGCGGCUAUUCGAGAAAUACAUCUUCGGAUCCCACCUCAGACCUUGAGAGGGGCCGCAGCAGGCUCUUUGGGAUUCUAAUCUUCUCCUACUCUGAGCUUGAAGAAGCCACAAGCAAUUUUGAUCCUUCUAAAGAACUUGGAGAUGGAGCUUUUGGCACUGUUUACUAUGGGAUACUUGGGGAUGGAAGAGAAGUUGCUGUGAAGCGCCUUCAUGAGCGCAACUGCAAGAGAAUGGAGCAGUUUGCAAAUGAAAUCUCAAUUCUCACCCGGUUGAAGCACCAAAAUCUUGUUACACUAUAUGGGUGCUCGACUAGGCAUAGCCGUGAGCUCCUCUUUGUGUAUGAAUACAUUCCAAAUGGAACAAUUGCAGAUCACCUGCAUGGAAAAAGAGCAGCAGAUCGACUGCUCACAUGGCCAAUCCGCAUGAAGAUUGCAGUGGAAACUGCUGCAGCAUUGGUUUAUCUCCAUGCUUCAGACAUUAUACACCGCGAUGUGAAGACUAGUAACAUACUUCUUGACAAUAAUUUCUGUGUUAAAGUUGCAGAUUUUGGGCUCUCGAGACUCUUCCCUGCUAAUGUCACUCAUGCCAGCACUACACCUCAAGGAACACCUGGAUACGUUGAUCCAGAUUAUCACGAGUGUUAUCAGCUAACUUAUAAGAGUGAUGUUUACAGCUUUGGGGUUGUUCUUAUCGAACUCGUAUCAUCAAUGCCUGCUCUGGACAUGCGUAGGCAUACAGAUGAAAUCCAUUUGGCAAAACUAGCAAUGAGCAAGAUUGUAACAGGAGCAUUUGAUGAACUCAUUGAUUCCUCUCUGGGAUAUGAGAAUGAUACUGAAAUCAAUAGAAUGACCACAUCAGUAGCAGAGCUAGCUUUUCAAUGCUUGCAACCUGACAAGGAUAUGAGGCUGACAAUGGAACAUGUAUUUGAGUCAUUGAAGGAGAUUCAAGGCAAUGAGUUGAGCAACGAUGACGAAAGGGUGAAUAUUGAGGAAACUAAUGUGUCUAAAGAAGAGGAGGUGCGAGGAAAAGCAAUGCGGUGGACAUGGGGUGGUCCUUCACUCGCAGAUGGUGUGAUUUUGAAGCAUGUUGCAGCUACUAAGAGCAGUUCUUGAAGUUACUGGAACUGGCAAUUGCCUUUUGACAAUAUGGGAUUUGUAAUAUAGUAUUUUAUUUCAUUUUCUUAUCAAACUUGUGAUUAUUGUACCUAGUGAUUCCUAACCUAUAAAUGAAAUUACCAUUUCUAUUCUCAGGGAGUAAAA